UUUGUUUAUUACUCAAUACUUAAAUUUUAUUCGAGUUUUCAUACAACACAGUAAGCUUUGCUAUUCGUUUAUUGGUAAAAGACAACUAAAAUGAGAAAACAAAAGAAGAAUUACACAAUAAUCGGCAAGAAUAAGGCGCGUUUAAUAUGUCUGCUGGCGAUUGUGAUUUGCAUUCUGCUCUACUUCAAGUUGAAUACGGUGUUAUUCGAUGCAGCCUGCGAUCGGGAUCAUUUCAUGGAAGGAUAUUUCGUAAACACUUCAGGAUGUCAUGUGCUCGCUCUGAAUGCAUUUGCUAAGACGGCGAUUGAACAUUUGAAACCUUUUCCCCCCAUGAAAUGCAGUAAAAAAAAACUGCUCGAAGCCAAAACAAUAAAUGAUGAAAACUAUUUGAUUUUAUCGAUGACAGAAAAGAAAAUACUUAAAGCUUUCGCUGUGGAAAGGAUUUCCGAUAUUAACUGCAACUUCAAGAUGGUCAAACGGAUCAAUGAUAAUGUCAACAAAUACACGGAAAGUGGAACAUUUCGAUUAGGCAAACAGAGGAAACAAAUCAAGCUCAAAAGUGGAUCGAUUAUAAUACGAAUUGAGUGUUUUUCACCUGGAAAUAAAAGUGUUUAUCAUGAUGUGCAUUUCUUGUUGCCAGCACCAAAAGCAAAUCCUCUACCCAAGGCACAUUUAUCUGUUAUGAUCUUGGGCAUCGAUUCAAUUUCUCAUAUGCAAUAUCUGAGAACAAUGCCUUUACUACGGUCUUAUAUAGAAGGUUUGCCGCAUAUUGAGUUCUGGGGUUAUAAUCGCAUUGGACGCAAUACUUAUCCGAAUUUGAUUCCUCUCUUUAGUGGACGGAAUGAAACGGAAUUGGAACAAGAUUGUUACAGCAGAAAAUACGGUUAUGAUAAAUGCGAUUUUAUCUGGCAAAAGUUCAAGGCAGUUGGCUAUAAUACUUGCUAUGCGGAGGAUAAUAGUGUCAUUGGCACUUUUAAUUAUGGCAAACGGGGAUUCAAAGCAGCUCCAACCGAUUAUUAUUUUCGUCCUGUGAUGCUGGAGAUUGAUUCACACACUCGCUAUAGCAUCGAUAAAGAUGAAUAUGUUCACUGCUCGGCAAGUCGCAAAUAUGCGGAUGUUCAUCACGAAUUCAUUUACAAAAUGAUGCCACAUUUGAAGUCAGGACCACAUUUCUCGGUGUUCUGGGAAACUCAAGGAGUUCACGAUUAUUUUCAGUAUCCCAAGUUCUUGGAUACGAACUAUUUAAAGUUGUUGAAACGUCUGCGAUCGAAGCAUAUUUUAAGCAACACUUUGGUUUUUCUGAUGUCCGAUCAUGGCAUUCGUUUUGGCGCUUUUCGUGCUACUUAUCAAGGCAUGAUGGAGGAAUCGCAACCUUUUUUGACUGUCAUUUAUCCCAAAUGGUUUGAGACUUUGUAUCCCUUAGCUAUGGCGAAUUUAAAGGAGAAUGCUCACAGUCUGGUUACAACUUUUGAUUUGCACGCAACUCUCAAGGAUUUAACAAAUGUGGAACUUUUAGAGAACGAUCAAAUUGAAGAACGAACUUUGCAGCUACAGGAAUUGGGUCUAAAUAUGCCUCGAGGGAUUAGUUUAUUUCUUCCAAUUCCAGAAACUCGCGAUUGUCAAUUGGCCAACAUUCCAGCGCAGUUUUGUCUCUGUCAUAAACUUAAUCAAAUAGCCACAACUGAUUUAAGAUCUCAGCGAGCUGCGCAGUUCAUUGUGGAAAGUAUAAAUUACCUCUUAAGGAAUUUUCCGCUAUGCCAGCAUUUGGAGUUGAACGAGCUGCAAGAUGCUUAUUUACUGGAGAGAAGCAAUGAUGAGGAAGUCUUUGUAGUUAAGGUGCGAUUGAGUACGUUGCCAGGAGGUGGAUCCUUUGAAGGGACGACAACAUUUGCAAGAGAUUCUCUAGCGCUAAAUGGACCCAUAAUUCGCAUCAACAAAUAUGGCAAUCAAUCGUAUUGUGUGCAGCAUAAUUAUCAAAUUGAAAUGUAUUGUUAUUGUUGAAGGAAAAUUAAA